AUGCCGAAAGAUGGCAUCCCGAGAGGGAAAGUGACGCAGUAUGAGUGGGUGAGCGAGAUUUUCCCCGGAACAAUUCGUGACUAUUGGGUUUAUGUCCCGGCGCAAUACGACGCGAAAUCCCCGGCAGCUGUGUUGAUUUGUCAGGAUGGCGGCGGAUUCGUCCGCGAGAACGGUCCUUUUCGUGCUCCAACAGUUCUCGACAAUCUGAUUCAUGCCGGGGACAUUCCCGUUACCAUCGGUAUUUUCAUCAAUCCCGGAGUCGUGCCCCCGGCAAAAGAGGGACAGCAGCCACGAAAGAACCGUAGUUUCGAAUACGACACUCUCAGCGAUCAGUACGCACGUUUUUUACUCGAAGAAAUUUUACCGGAGGUAGGCAAGGAAUACCGACUUUCCAACGACCCCGACCAGCGUGUGAUCUGCGGGAACAGUUCAGGCGGAAUCUGUGCCUUCACCGCAGCCUGGGAACGACCUGAUGCGUUUCGCAAAGUGAUCAGCCACAUCGGCAGUUUCACCAACAUUCGCGGCGGUCAUGUUUACCCGGCGCUGAUUCGAAAAACUGAUCCAAAACCUCUCCGCGUUUUCCUUCAAGAAGGCGAAAACGACCUCGACAACCUCCACGGCAACUGGCCACUCGCGAAUGAGCAGAUGGCCGCCGCGCUCAAGUUCUCCAACUACGAUUAUAAGUUCGUGAUGGGAAUCGGUCGCCACAGUGCAAGGCAUGGAGGCGCGAUUUUUCCGGAUACCCUGCGAUGGAUUUGGCGGGGGUGGAAAGAGUGA